AUGGCUACUACGACUCCCAGCAUGGGCCUCACAGCCAAAGGCGUCCCAAAGAUGCCCAUGUGGCUCACCAUUGUUCGCGGUGCAACUAUCGCCAUGUCCCUAGGCGCCCUCAUCGCUGCAGCAUACAACAUUUCCCUCAUCAGUAGCUGGGCUCGUUACUACGGCGGUAGUGGUCCAGCUGGCUUGAUCAUCUUCAGCGCAAUCUUCACAUGGAUCAUCCUAGGAUGCAUGCUCGCCGCCGAAUUCUUCGCUCCUCAGCUGUAUAUCCGUUCCAUCUUCUUCGGUACACUCGUUAUAUCAUCGAUCCUCUGGCUGGCCGCUUGGACAUGGGCUGCUGCGUGGACAGCUGACUUUUACCAUUUGUACAACAGCUACUACAUCAGUCGUGUGAGUGAGCUUGAUGCGUGGGGUGGUUCGAUGGCUGCUGCUGUCGCUCUCGGCGCUGUUACUUGGAUCCUCACCAUUGUCACUACUGUCUUCUUCGUCAAAGCUUGCGUGGCUGAUCCUACAGGUUCAACCUUUGUGCAGAGACCCAGGAAUGAUCCAGAGACAGCCGAGCCCAAGCCUGAAACUACGGUCACUGCCUAA